CGCGGCCGGAAACUUGCGACCUUUGCACGCUCCUGGACUCUGCUUUUCCGAGGUUAUCUCCUACCAUAUAUUCGCCAUGAGGUCGCCAAUUCCAGCGCCCGCUGUUAUCCGCUCGGCAGCUUCUGUUGCACGACUCCCCAGACGCCAAACUUGCACUUUUGCGACGCGCUGCUUAGCUUCUCAAACCGCUGCGACAUCGGCACAGCUUUUGAGCCCGCGACGAAGCACUCCCCGCUCCUCUGUAGCCACUACAUCCGCUCUGUACACACAAAUUGGGCAGUUCAGAAUGGCGUCUUCUUCAGGAACCCAGAAAAUAAAGGUCAAGAACCCGGUCGUGGAGCUUGACGGCGAUGAGAUGACCAGAAUCAUCUGGCAGGUCAUCAAGGACAAGUUCAUCUACCCAUACCUCGACAUUGACCUCAAGUACUACGAUCUUGGCCUGCCAUACCGCGACGAGACCGACGACCAAGUCACACUCGAUGCCGCCGAGGCUAUCAAGAAGUACUCUGUUGGUGUCAAGUGCGCCACCAUCACCCCCGAUGAGCAGCGCGUCGAGGAAUUCAAGCUCAAGAAGAUGUGGCUGUCGCCCAACGGUACCAUCCGCAACCACCUAGGAGGAACUGUUUUCCGCGCCCCUAUCGUCAUUCCCACCAUCCCUCGUCUCGUACCUGGCUGGAAGCAGCCCAUCAUCAUUGGCCGUCACGCUUUCGGCGACCAAUACCGCGCCAAGGACCGGGUUAUCCCUGGCGAGGGUACAUUGGAAAUGGUCUUCACACCAAAGGGCGGUAAGCCUGAGGUGAUCAAGGUCUUCGACUUCCCUGCAGAGGGCGGUGUCGCGCAGACGCAGUACAACACCACCGAAUCCAUUUCCGGUUUCGCGCAUGCCUCGUUCAAGAUGGCGCUGGACAAGAAGCUCCCUCUCUACAUGAGCACCAAGAACACGAUUCUCAAGGCGUACGAUGGAAAGUUCAAGGAUGUUUUCCAGGAAAUCUACGACACCCAGUACAAGAAGGACUUUGAGGCUGCCAAGAUCUGGUACGAGCACCGUCUGAUCGACGACAUGGUUGCCCAGAUGAUCAAGAGCGAGGGUGGCUAUGUCAUUGCCAUGAAGAAUUAUGAUGGAGAUGUACAGUCGGACAUUGUCGCUCAAGGUUUCGGAUCUCUCGGCCUCAUGACUUCUACCCUUAUCACUCCGGAUGGCAAGACAUUCGAGGCCGAGGCCGCGCACGGAACCGUUACCCGCCACUUCCGCGAGCACCAAAAGGGCAAGGAGACGUCGACUAACCCCAUUGCCUCCAUCUUUGCCUGGACCCAAGGUCUUGCCAAGCGUGGUGAGCUUGACGGCACCCCUGAACUCGUUGUCUUCGCCGAGCAGCUGGAGAAGGCCUGCAUCGACACAGUCGAUGUUGACAAGAUUAUGACCAAGGAUCUGGCGCUCGCGUGCGGAAAGAAGGACAGGGGUAGCUGGGUCACAACGAAUGAGUACCUGGGUGCAGUAGAGAGGAGACUCAAGUCAAGUCUGAAGGAGAAGCUAUGAAUGCAGAAAGAAUGCCAAGAGCUCGACGUGACUGUUGCGUGGUAACCCUAUAUAUCUAAGAACUAGCGCAUAUAGAUAUAGAAAUGCUUCUUCU